AUGAUGCAUCUCUUUUCAGUCGUAUUGCUGGUUGUUGCCGCAUCUCUAGCGUGCGCCGCAGAGGACACAGCCUCGAUGAGGUUCCCACGCGGUUAUCUAGAUGAGAAAGACAGUGCUCCUGCUCAAAGAUUCUUGAGGGUCUACGACAACGAGAAUGACGAGGAGAGAGUUCCUGUUGGUAACGUCUUAAAUUCUAUUAUGACCAGUACAUUGAAUGCCGUCGAGUCCGCUAAGCUGAAGGUGUUUUUGCUCCAGAAAAGUAGUGGAGUUGACGUUUUGAACAGCUUAAAACUCGGGGACGAUGCGGCAGCUGCUCUGAAAAACUCAAAGCUGGAGACUUUGAAUAAGUACGUCACGAGGUUUAACCAGGAGAAUCCGGACAAGACAAUCUCACUGGUUGGGACCCUCACGACCCGCUACGGAGACGAUGCUUUGGCGAAAGCGUUAGUAAGUGCCCAAACGCAUGCAAAGUCUUCAGCUGAGAUGGUGACGAUGGCGAAGAAGCUGCGAGCUGAACAACUGAGUGCCUGGCUGGGCGGCGGUAAAUCUGUCGAAGAUGUUUACGCUUUGCUCAAGCUUGAUGAAGACGGGUAUCUAGCGCUCACAAGUAGAAAGUUGGAUGUACUGGAUGAUUACAUUGUGAAGAUCAACAGCGAGAAAAACGGCCAGGAAACUUUGCUCAAGACCUUGACGAAGGAGUUUGGCGGUGAGAAAAAAUUGAGGGCGAUUCUAAACAUAGCAGGACUGAGCUACUUCACACAUGUGAAGGCUUUCGAGCUAAAGAAGCUCAUAGAGUGGAAAAACAGAAACUCGGAACCAGCAGCUGUCAUGAAGCUGCUAAAUCUUGAUAACGAUGUGGGUAAGGCUUUAAAAAGCACAGAACUGAGAAGGCUUGAUGAGUACAUAAUCGACUUCAACCUCAAGAACCCAAACAAUCAGGCGACGCUGCUUAGGACGCUCACGAAGAAAUACGGCGAGUCUGGUGUGGCAAAGGCGAUUGUGUCUGCAGUCAAGGAUGACAAUAUGCUCGCUAAACGCCUGCAGAACCAACAGUUUGAGGAUUGGUUGAAAAAGGACAUGUCUGUGGACCAAGUUUUCAACGUUCUAGAUUUUAAGAGCGCUGGUAUUGGAGCUGUUAUCAGCCGAAACGUGGACACUUUGGACAAGUACGUCACGCUAUACAACAGAAAGACAUCAGCAGACGAAACGUUGGUAGGCGCAUUCGUGAAGGCUUUCGGCAAAAAGCAGUUGGGCAAUAUGCUGCAACGUUUUCCCGAUACAGAUAAAUACUCAGCAAAGUUACGCACGCAAUUCAGGGAGCUAAACUGA